GUUGCACAAAACGCGCAAAAGUCAUCAGAGGCUCCAAAAACCCAGAAGCACUGAAACAGCUAGAGAGAGCGAGCGAGAGAGCGAGAGAGAGAGAGAGAGAGAGAGAGAGAGAGACAGACAGACCAUGGACAAGGCUUUCAGCAAGAUGAAUGGAGACGGUGCAGUCCAGGAAUCCAUGUACCUGGAGGAGAAGAUCUACAAAUCUGGCGUUCUGUCCUGCAUCUUCUCCCUGAAGGAGGAGGUGGGAGCUUUGGCCAAGGCCUUGAAGCUUUUUGAGGAAAAAGGGAUCAACCUGACACACAUCGAGUCGCGCCCGUCGCGCACGAACAAGCAGGAGUACGAGUUCUUCAUCAGCGUGGACACGGCCUGCUCCAGGGCCCUGGACGACGUCAUUAACAGCCUGCGCACCCAAAUCACCGGCCAGGUGCACGAGCUGUCUCGCAACAAGAAGAAAGACACAGUCCCAUGGUUCCCCACAACCAUCCAGGACCUGGACCGAUUUGCCAAUCAGAUUUUGAGCUAUGGCUCUGAGCUGGAUGCUGAUCACCCGGGCUUCACGGACCCGGUCUACAGGGCCAGGCGGAAGGAAUUUGCUGACAUCGCCUACAAUUACAGACACGGUCAGCCCAUCCCGCGCGUGGAGUACACGGAGGCGGAGAAAGCCACGUGGGGGACGGUGUUCAAGGAGCUGAAGGAGCUGUACCCGACUCACGCCUGCCACGAGCACAACCGCGUCUUCCCGCUGCUGGAGGAGUACUGCGGCUACCGCGAGGACAACAUCCCCCAGCUGGAGGACGUCUCGCGCUACCUGCAGUCAUGCACCGGUUUCCGUUUGCGGCCCGUGGCAGGGCUGCUGUCUUCUCGUGACUUCCUGGCUGGUCUGGCUUUCCGUGUGUUCCAUUCCACUCAGUAUAUCCGGCACGGCUCCAAUCCCAUGUACACGCCGGAGCCAGACAUCUGCCAUGAGCUGCUGGGACACGUUCCUCUGUUUGCUGACCCCAGUUUUGCUCAGUUCUCACAGGAAAUUGGCUUGGCUUCCUUGGCUGCCCCAGAUGAGUACAUUGAGAAGCUUGCAACAGUCUACUGGUUCACCGUGGAGUUCGGGCUUUGCAAGCAAGGCAGUGAAAUCAAGGCCUAUGGAGCAGGACUGCUUUCAUCAUUUGGGGAGCUGCAGUACUGUUUAACUGACAAGCCAAAGGUUCUGCCCUUCGAGCCAGAGAAGACCUGCAUGCAGAAAUACCCCAUCACCGAGUUCCAGCCGAUCUACUUCGUGGCUGAAAGCUUUGAGGAUGGCAAAGAGAAAGUCAGGAAGUACGCGUCCACCAUUCCGAGACCGUUCUCUGUGCGCUACAAUGCCUACACUCAGAGCAUUGAGGUUCUGGACAGCAUGCAGCAGCUGAGGAACCUGGCUAACAACAUCAACAGUGAGGUGGGAACCCUGUGCAGCGCUCUGCGGAAGAUGGAGUAGGACGAGCCGACGGCGAUGAGAUGUUCCCCACUCAUCACUCAGAGCCUAAUGUGUGUGUGCAGUGACAAUAAAUGUGUUUUGUUGAAUUAAAA